AUGGAACCAAAGUCAUCAAAGCUCAUGGAUCAGAACCGUCUCACGGCUGAACCAUCGAACGUUGAAGACGGUGACAACACAUGCCACCCAUACGAUGCCGUCUUUGGAGAAAUCACUGAAGAUGGACCAAACUACCGCAACGUCGGUUGGAUCGGAACCUCUGCACUCAUGAUCAAGGCCCAGAUAGGCCUAGGCGUCCUGUCGAUUCCCCAAGCUUUCGAUGUCCUGGGCAUCGUCCCGGGCGUGAUAACCCUGAGUGCGGUCGCUGGUAUAACUACUUGGUCCGACUACAUCGUUGGAGUUUUCAAACUUCGUCACCCAGAGAUCUACGGCAUCGAUGAUGUGGGCGCCAUGCUUUUUGGUCGUGUCGGCCGUGAGAUUUUGGCAGCUGGCUUUGUUCUUUACUAUACCUUUGUCGCAGGAUCCAUGAUGCUGGGCAUUUCCAUCGGCUUAAAUGCUGUCUCGAUGCACGGCACAUGUACGGCCGUCUUUGUCGCCGUCGCUGCCAUGGUUGGUGGUUCCUUUGCAAGCAUCAGAACUCUAGGAAGGAUGAGCUGGCUUGCAUUGGUCGGAGUGACGAGUCUAGUCAUUGCCAUUGUAAUGGUCACAAUCGCCGUCGGCGUCCAAGACCGCCCUGCAGCAGCACCCAAGGAAGGACCCUUUAAAUCCGACUUCAAAGUAGUGGGCAACCCUUCAUUCGCCGAUGCCGUGUCAGCCAUCUCGACUUUUGUUUUCGCCUAUGCCGGCACCCCUGCGUUCUUCUCCUUCGCUGCCGAGAUGAGGGAGCCCAAACACUAUGUCCGAGCUCUCACACUCUGUCAAAUUAUCGUUACUGUCGCAUAUGUCGGAAUCGGAUGCGUCGUUUAUUAUUUUUGCGGAUCAUAUGUGGCCUCUCCAGCUCUUGGAUCGGCUGGAUCGCUAAUUAAGAAGAUAUCAUACGGCAUCGCCAUCCCUGGAAUCGUUGCAACGGCGAUGCUCACCAUUCAUCUUCCUGGCAAGUACCUUUUCGUCCGGUUUCUACGAGGCACGAAGCACCUGACGGCCAAUACCUUUGUGCACUGGGGAACUUGGCUCGGUUGUGUCUUUGGCGUAACAAUCACUGCCUACAUCAUCGCGAGUGCUAUCCCAGUGUUUGGAGGACUUGUGUCCUUCAUCGGGGCGCUGCUAGGCACGUUGAUGUCCUUCCAGCCGAUGGGCUGUAUGUGGCUCUAUGAUAACUGGAGCCCGGAUAAACGCAAGCGAAACCUUAGAUGGUUCUUGAUGGUUAUCUGGAGUGGAUUUGUUGUUGUAUCAGGAACGUUCCUCAUGGUGGCCGGCACCUAUGGCUCUGUUGUUACUAUCAUUGACUCUUAUAAGAAGGACGGAGGUUCCAAGGCAUGGGCUUGCGCGGAUAACUCCAACUCAGUCUAG